AUGGAUGUGAUUUUUGAUCAGGUGAACGUGGCCGAUGGUGCAUCGCGACUGGUGCUCGAGGUGGCACAGCACCUGGGAGAGAACACCGUCCGCACCAUCGCCAUGGAGGCCACCGAGGGGCUCACUCGUGGACAGGGGUGCACGGACACCGGCGCGCCUAUCAUGGUGCCCGUGGGUCAGGAGACUCUCGGACGCAUCAUGAACGUGAUCGGGGAGCCCGUGGACGAGAGGGGCCCAAUCAACUCCAAGGCCAAGGCGCCCAUCCACAACUCCGCCCCCACCUUCGAGGAGCAGGGCAAGAGCCAAGAGAUCCUCGUCACCGGAAUCAAGGUGGUUGACCUCCUGGCCCCGUACGCCAAGGGCGGAAAGAUCGGUCUGUUCGGCGGUGCCGGCGUCGGGAAGACCGUGGUUAUCAUGGAGCUCAUCAACAACAUUGCCACCAACCACGGUGGUUUCUCCGUGUUCGCCGGCGUGGGGGAGCGCACCCGCGAGGGUAACGACUUGUACCACGAAAUGAUCGAGGGUGGCGUUAUCAAGGCAAGAUAUACGAUAGUGGGGAAGGAAAGUAGGCAAGAAGCAGAAGUUUUCAUGUUGAUCACCGAGGACUCCACCAAGGGCUCCAAGGCCACCCUGGUGUACGGGCAGAUGAACGAGCCCCCGGGUGCUCGUGCCCGUGUGGCCCUGACCGGGCUCACCAUCGCCGAGUACUUCCGGGACGCCGAGGGACAGGACGUGCUUCUUUUCGUGGAUAACAUCUUCCGUUUCACCCAGGCAGGAGCCGAGGUGUCGGCGUUGCUGGGACGUAUCCCCUCCGCCGUGGGGUACCAGCCCACUCUCGCCACCGACAUGGGCAUGCUCCAGGAGCGCAUCACAUCCACGAACAAAGGAUCCAUCACCUCCGUUCAGGCCGUUUACGUGCCUGCUGAUGACCUUACCGACCCCGCGCCGGCCACUACCUUCGCUCACUUGGACGCCACCACCGUGCUCUCGCGUCAGAUCGCCGAGCUGGGUAUCUACCCGGCCGUGGACCCCCUCGACUCCACGUCUCGGAUGCUUGACCCCCGCGUCAUCGGCGACGAGCACUACGAGACUGCCCGUGCCACGCAGAAGCUGCUCCAGGACUACAAGGGCCUUCAGGACAUCAUCGCCAUCCUGGGAAUGGACGAGCUCUCGGAAGACGACAAGCUGACUGUGGCGCGGGCUCGCAAGGUGCAAAGGUUCAUGUCGCAGCCCUUCACGGUGGCGGAGGUGUUCACCGGUACCAAGGGGGUGUUCGUGUCGCUGGAGGACACCAUCAAGGGUUUCCAGGAGAUCCUGUCGGGGGCGCACGACGAUCUCCCCGAGGGCGCCUUCUACAUGGUGAGUGUCCCGGCCGGGGGGGGGGG